CUGGCCGGCGUUAGGUCUGUAAUAAAAGUUUUCAAAUCUCUUCCUGGCCGUGUGGGAUUUAAGUAGACUUUGAGUCUUUGACUGAUCGUGAUCGGAGCAAUUUUUUUUUUCCGGCUAUGGGGCAUUGUUGCAGCAAGGACGUUACCGGUCACGGCGUCGCCGCCGCCGGAGGUGUCGUCGCGGACAACCAGCGUCCCAACCCGUCGACUUCUCCGGCGCCUGUUCCACGGUCCUCCGCGAAUGGGAUUGCAGAGAGUCGUUCCAGCAAGAACACUCCGGCUUAUUCCUUCACGGCCAGUCCAUGGCAGAGCCCCUACCCGGCUGGAAUCGCUCCCUCGCCAUCUCCAGCUGGCACUCCGAGGAGGAAAUUCAAGUGGCCGUUCCCUCCACCUUCUCCGGCUAAGCCUAUAAUGUCUGCUAUACUGAAGCGGCAAGCUCCCGCGUCUGCUAGACCGAGGGAGGGGCCGAUUCCCGAGGAAAACGGCCGAGAAGGGGGGGAGAGGCAGCUGGAUAAGAGUUUUGGUUAUCCUAAGAAUUUCACGUCCAAGUAUGAACUGGGAAAAGAGGUGGGCCGUGGGCAUUUUGGUCAUACUUGCCUGGCUAAAGGUAAAAAGGGAGAACUCAAGAAUCAAGCAGUAGCUGUGAAGAUCAUUUCCAAAGCAAAGAUGACUACUGCCAUAGCCAUUGAAGAUGUUCGCAGGGAAGUAAAAAUUUUGAAGGCAUUAUCUGGGCAUCUUAAUCUCAUUAAGUUUUAUGAUGCAUUUGAGGAUGCUCAAAAUGUUUACAUUGUGAUGGAAUUUUGUGGAGGAGGUGAACUAUUAGACAGGAUUUUGUCAAGAGGUGGAAGAUACACAGAGGAGGAUGCCAAGGGAGUAGUUCGGCAGAUAUUAACUGUUGUAGCCUUUUGUCAUCUUCAAGGUGUUGUGCACCGUGACUUGAAACCUGAGAACUUCCUCUUCACCAAAAGAGAUGAAGAUGCUCCAAUAAAGGUUAUUGACUUUGGCCUAUCAGAUUUUAUCAAACCAGAUCAACGUCUCAAUGAUAUUGUUGGCAGUGCUUACUAUGUUGCACCUGAAGUACUUCAUAGAUCAUACAAUGUUGAAGCAGACAUGUGGAGUAUUGGUGUCAUAACCUAUAUUUUAUUAUGUGGAAGCAGACCCUUUUGGGCACGCACUGAGUCUGGAAUUUUCCGCUCUGUACUACGAGCAGAUCCUAAUUUUGAGGAUGCACCCUGGCCAGGUGUAUCCCCAGAAGGCAAAGAUUUUGUGAGAAGACUUUUGAGUAAAGAUCAUAGAAAGAGAAUGAGUGCUGUACAAGCACUGACUCAUCCAUGGCUGAGACAGGAAAAUGCUUCUGUGCCUUUGGAUAUAUCAAUCUAUAAGUUGGUAAAGUCAUAUAUCCGAGCCUCACAUUUGAAACGUUCUGCACUAAAGGCUCUUUCAAGAGCUUUGACUGCACAAGAGCUAUUUUACCUCAGGGCUCAAUUUCAGCUUUUGGAACCGAAAGAUGGUUUUAUAUCACUUGACAAUUUUAGAACGGCUCUCAUGAAACAUAUGACUGAUGCAAUGAGGGAGUCUAGGGUUUUUGAAAUCUUAAGUCUGAUGGAACCGCUAUCCUAUACACAAAUGGAUUUUGAAGAAUUUUGUGCUGCUGCAAUCAGUGUAUAUCACCUUGAAGCCCGUGAAAAUUGGGAACACAUUGCGAACACAGCGUUUGAGCAUUUUGACCGUGAAGGAAAUCGUGUAAUUUCUGUUGAGGAAUUAGCCCAGGAACAGAACUUGGGUGCGACUGCUCAUUCUCUUCUUAAGGACUGGAUAAGACCCGACGGAAAAUUAAAUUUGGUCGGGUAUACAAAAUUCUUGCACGGUGUGACGAUUCGCAGCACGAAUGCAAGAUUCCAUAGAUAGCAUGAGAGCAUGAAACCUUUAUGAAGGAGGAGACUCAAUAGUAGUUUAGCUGAGAUUCUUUAUAAGUUUCUAUCUACAUUAUUUUCUUUAUUUAUGUGCAGUAAUGGAUAAUUUUAGAUUUGUUUUUUUAAAAAAUUAAAAUGCAGAGAUCAAUGCAUCUUUUGGAUGAUCUUUGAUCAUGCAUAUUCUUUUGAAUGUUGCAAAUGUUCAUUUGUUUAUCCCUGUAACCGGCCUAUGUUAAUCUGAUUAA